AUUUACAUUUGUUUGUUGCAGUGGAAGCGAGGAGUAAUCAGCAGAACUGGAUUCUAACUGAGCGACGCCAUGGACUCCGAGAGCCGAAGCGAGUCGGCUCUGAAUAGCCCCACGGAGCCGGACGUGUCGCUGGCCGCAUCACUCACUGAUCCAUUGGAGGCGCACACCUUGGAGGAGGCUAGGAGAACCAUCAGGGAUCUUCGUAUGAAAUAUCGAGCCCAGGCGCAUCAGCUGUUGACAUGGCGGCGUGCGCAUCGCACCCAGGAGGAGCUCGUCUCUCGCCUGCAGCGCGAGAAGGCAGAACAACUCAAGUCGCUCUCUAGCCAACUGCUACUCUUCGAGUCGCGGCUCGUCCGCAAGCAGAAAGAGAUCACCACCAUGCUCGCGCUUCGUGAGACAAUCAUCAUCAAGCAGCAGAAAGUGAUUGAAAGCCUCCAGGCGAAAUUACUCGAUAACGGUAUAGAAACUUCCCAAAAUAUACCCGACUUCAGAGAUAUGCUGCAAGACACCCACAUCACAGGUGACUUCGACUCCCUCAACGACUCAGAUUCGGCUGUCAUCAUGGAGGAUGCCGACUACGAUAACACCGCACCUCACAUACCGAGAUUCAGGUCCACCAACCCCGAUAGCGUCACCAUAGUCAGGUCGAUAUCGGAUGCCAUCGAUCCCAACCUCAAGUACAACGUCGUGCGACGCUCCAACGGCUUUCUCCGUAGGCCUGAGAUCCUCGAAACAGUCUACAGCGUGGAGGAAGAGGUAGACGGCGACUCCACCAAAGGCCUCAGCGCUCAGAACAGCACAGAGAAAGAGAUCAAGGAAGCCAAUAAAACUGACGAGGAGAAGCGCACGAGUUUGCUCGCUCAGCGGAGGGAUAACUUCCGAAUGAGAAGCAUGGUCCUCACCGCGGAGGUCAAGAGUAUUGAUAGCGAGAAGGACGUCAAACCUAAGAACGGUAAAGACGUGUGGUCCUACAGCUAUGUGCCAAAAAGGAUGAUGCCCGCCAACGACUCGGACGAGGAGGUGACGUCGAACCCGGAGAGCGAGGACGACCCCGAGCCGAAGUCGACACACGUGGUGACUUACAACCGCGUCAUGUCGAACCACAGGAACGUCACCAAGCCGAAGGAUGUGAAAUACAAGAGGAUCAACAAAGCCAAGUCGAAGAGCCUCGAGGAGUUGCGGGGCAGGCUAAAGAACUGGGUAGAGAAGGGGAAUAAGCUAUCGAAUAUCCCCCUGGAGCAUGCCCAGAGCUACGCAUAAAUUUCAAGUUCCUUUUUGUGUCGCGAUAACUUCGCUUAAGACUAUUCGUUGUGCAUCUCGUAGUUACAAGUAUUUAGCUCGAAGAUAUUUCGGGUUGUAAGUGCCAGCUUUACUUAACUGAGGCAGAACAUUAUUCUUGAUAUUGAACUAUUGUAAAUAGUCUCUUAUACGUACUAAUGUGCAACAUAACUAGGAUUAGAUGUUGUAGUUUGUUUUUCACCGUUUUCUAUUGAGUUUGAAUUGUUUUGUUCUUUUGCAAAUUAUCAUUUUCGGUGAAUAUUUUAAUAAUGAAUGCUUUAUUAGUAAAAAAAAUACUUUUUUCUGCUUUAAAGAGUUGUUCUACAAUAGAAAACUGUGAAAAAAUAAUAAAAACAUUUUGCGCACGACUGAUUUUGUGUAUUUCGUUUUACGUGUUAAGCUUAAUAAAAAUUAAUAUAUAUGCAGAAAAUAUUAAUGUUUGAUCGGAAUUGAUAUUCUGUGAUGAGGUUUGAGUAUUGGUUCCGUGGUCACUUAAAAAGAAAGUGCAGCUUUGUGUGAACAAUCUACUUAGGGUUUGGAGUGAAGUGACAAAAACAGCAGACGAGAAUGUUAAGUAAUAAACAAAAAAAAGAUCCACAGGGUCACGAAACAAUAAAUAUCAAUAGAGGAAUAUAAAAUCUAUCGGUUGUUUAACAAUAUAAACAGGUACAGGAUUAAAUAAAAAAUACAAUUUUAAUUUAAAAAUAAUAUGUUAUUAAAGUCUUAUUUAUUACUUUUAAUUGCAAAAAUAAGGAUUAUUCUAAAUUCCAUGUUAUUUCACUCUCAAUUAUUUUGAU